AUGGAGGAACAUAACACAGUGAGGAGUGCCGGCAGGAGCAGCGUUGGGAGCAGCGGCGGGAGCAGCGGCGGGAGCAGCGGCGGUGUGAGCAACUGCCCGUCCAGCGAUAGGCGUAUCAUCAAACUGGCGGAGGAAGACAUCAACCGAAUCGCAGCCGGAGAAGUCAUUAUCCGUCCAUGCAACGCGUUAAAGGAGUUGAUCGAAAACAGUCUGGACGCGAACUCAACGAGAAUCAGUGUGCACCUGAACAAGGGAGGACUGAAAUCACUACAAAUAAUAGACAAUGGAGAUGGCAUACAUAAAGAUGACCUUCAAAUUGUAUGCGAACGAUUCACGACAAGCAAGAUAACGAACCAUAAAGAUAUCCGGUCAAUUAAAACUUUCGGAUUUCGAGGAGAGGCAUUAUCCUCCAUUUCGCACGUCUCCUAUUUGACCAUAACGACGAAGAAGAGGGAUGCCCCCUUCUGCUACACCUGUUCCUAUAAGGAUGGGAAACCAACACAAGAAGAACCCACCGUCUGUUCAGGCAAAGAUGGAACCAUCAUACGGUUCGAUGAUUUAUUUUACAAUAUGAAUGCUAGACUAAGGUCUCUAAAUCAUAAUGACGAAUACAAUAAAUGUCUCGAAGUGUUGCAGAAGUAUGCCAUUCAUUAUCCCCAUGUUGUAUUCACGUGUAAGAAAUGGCUCAGUAACACCGUCGAUCUGAAUACUCAAGGGGUGGGUAAAGGGAUCGGUGGAAUUGGAGGCAUAUACGUUAUCAAAGGGAAGCGGAAGGAACUAUUCCAGGAGCUCACAACAAUGGGGGAGGAUCCCGAAGGGCAGAUUGACCUCUCACAUGGGGGGAGUAGUACCGUCUCGAAUGACACCCCCACAGAGACAUACACAUAUACAGAAAUGGAGAGAAAAAUCCUCGACGAAGAGAAACACCUCGACAUAAAUUACGAAACGAAUUUGAACAAUGUAAAGUUAACCAUACAAAAGAUAUAUGGCAGGAAUAUCUCCAAAGAGCUCAGUUGCAUAUUCAUGAAAGAGAAGAUCCCUACCUUCUUCAAAUGCUAUGGGCUGAUAAGUAACCCUACCUAUGGAGGGAAGAAGGGAAGUUAUAUCUUCUUCAUAAACGACCGUCUAGUCGAAUCGGGGAUACUAAAGCGCAUGUGCGAAAAUCAGUAUGCUAACUUCCUUGCUAAGGGAAGCUACCCCUGGGUUUACCUCUCCCUACGGCUCAAGUACGACAUAGUGGAUGUGAAUGUCCAUCCGACGAAGAAGGAAGUACACUUCCUCUACCAGGAAGAAAUAGCAAUGCUCAUUUCGAAGCGCAUUGAGGAGUUCCUCAAAAAUUUCCACAACGCGAGGAGCUUCGGGGCGCCCACGGUCAACAUGGUGCAAACAAAGUUCGACGUGUCUUCCAUGAAGGUGGAGGUGAAGAGGGAGGAAAGUACUGCGACGAACCAAGGAAGAGGCGAUGUCGAGAGGGACACUCCACCCCCCGCCGGCACUGCCCCUAAGAAGCCCUUAGAUACCAGACGGGUGCGCACGGAUCACAGGCAAAUCACCCUGACGAAUUACUUCGUGAAGAAGGACGCGGCGAACAACGAUGAAGACACGGCGAUGGUGGUGUUCGAGGACAAGGAGUACGAAAUUCAAAAAUUGGAAGCACCCAAGCCGGCUCUCUUCAACGCCAACGUGGAAAAGCAUGUGAGCAGUACCAAGUACGACCGAUUCUACCCAUGUGAAUGUGAUGAUAUAAGCAGCGUUAGGAAGCUCAGAAAAAUCUGCAAGGAAAAGGAGAAAAAAGAACUGACCGAAUGUUUGAGAAACUCCAUAUACGUUGGAGCAGUGGAUAACUUACACAGCCUCAUUCAGUACAAAGACAAACUCCUCAUGAUAAAAAUGCCACUAAUCAUAAAAGAAAUCACCUACCAAUCGAUUCUUAAUCGAAUUGGCAGAAUCCCGCCCUUCAAAUUCGACCCUCCAAUUCCUCUCUACGAUUUGUUACUAGUAGCGAUGAGCAACUCUCAGUCAGGUUAUUUCGAAAAUCCAGACUACGUCACAAAGAACAUGGAAAGGAUCUGUAACGAGCUGGAACAAGUGUUUUACUCCUAUGAGGAAAUGUAUGCUGAUUAUUUUUCCCUCAUUAUUGAGGACGGGUGUGUGUGUACCUUCCCUGCGUGCUGUGGGGAGUAUUUUCCUGGACAAGAGUUCCUCCCUCUACUCUUCUUAAGACUAGCCACUCAGAUCGAUUAUGAGAAAGAACUCAACUGCAUCAACGGCAUAUGCUACUUGAUCGCCAAUUUCUAUUCUAAAGUGACACUGCUGGAUGAUAAGGAGUGGACAUACCAAAACGACUUACUCAUGCUGAAGGAGAAAGAAAUACAAAUGUUACAGGGUCAGGCGGCCACCGAAGGGGGAGAAGAACCCCCGGUAGACAGUGACGACCAAAGCUACCACUUCGAAAAUGUCUUGGGGGACGAAACCGUUGUGGAUGUCAAUAAACAUCUGGCGGCCUCCAAAAAUAUAAACCUCGUUUUUGAAAAAUACUUCUUCCCCAUGAUUCAGUUGAACAGCGUGAUGAAGGUCCCUGGCACAUUCUCCACCAAUGGGUACAUCAUCGAGCUGACCUCCCUCAAGCAGCUCUACAAGAUAUUCGAGCGCUGCUAG